CUCAUCAACUCCACCAGCUGGCCGUAUUCCCCCUUCCCUUCCCAUUCUUUUUCUUCUCUCCUCUGCUCUCUCCUCCUCUUCUCCCCCAACACUACGCAAAGUCAAUCGAUGGUCAACUAACAGCCAGACUCUUCCUGAAGAUGCGCCUCCAUCUAUCCGGCCUCUCGCGCCGGACGCUUAAGCCGUACGUUGCCGAAUUUCUCGGCACUGCCCUCAUUGUUGUUAUUGGCGAUGGCGUUGUGGCCCAAGCCUUGCUCUCUGACUACCAAUAUGGCACCUGGCUCUCCAUCAAUUUGGCCUGGGCUGCUGCUGUCUGUCUGUCGGGCUACAUUGCCGACCCCAGUCCCGCCAGCAAUCCCGCCAUCUCCCUCGUUAUGGCCUUCGUACGGCCUCAACCCGACCAGUGGAGGAAGUUGCCCGGCAAACUACUCGCUCAGUUCUUGGGAGGCUUCGUCGGGGCGGCCCUUGUCUACAUCAACUACCGGUCGGCCAUCCUCGACUGGGAUCCGGAAUAUACAAUUCCGGGGGGAUCGAUUCUGAGUCCGCGGGGCCAUCACUCGGCGGGCAUCUUCUCCACAUAUCCGGCCAGCUUCUUCUCUUCCAAUUGGGAGGCGGUCUUCUCGGAAGUUCUCGGAUCGGCCGUGCUCAUGUUUGGCUCGCUGAGUGUGUCCGACCCGGCCAAUGCCCACCGGUUCCACUCGCCCCAGCUCUCGAUGUUCGUGCUUCUGCUCGCCAUCGGUGCCGCACUGGGCUGGCAGACAGGUUACGCCAUCAACCCCGCGCGAGACUUUGGCCCGCGACUGUUCUCCGCCAUCCUCUACGGUCGCGAAGUGUUCACAGCUGCCAACUACUACUUCGUCGUCCCCCUGUUUGCCCCCGUGCUGGGCUGUUUCGUGGGCGCGACCAUUUACGACUCGCUUCUGUACGAGGGGGAUGGAUCACGCAUUGCUGACGCUCUGGAUAAGGCUGAGGAUGUGGAUGGAGAGCUUCGCCUGCACUAGGCGCACUGCAACAGACACGACUGCCUAGAUUGCCAUGAACGACUACGACAAGAGAAUCCGCCAUAUCGUCUGGACGAUACUGGAUUGUAUGAAAACCACUUGGGCGAUGGAAACCGUGACGAUAGACUGGAUGCACGUAUGCUCCAUAGAUGACAGAUGACUAUUUAGACCACG